ACGUAUAGCGUAGUACGUAGCACAAAGAGGGUAGUCUUAUUUCUCGCUCCUGAGACGAGACUUUCUGGCCUGACCGCGUGGUGCCGUACUAAUAAUCCGAGGACCAAAGAUUGAGCUAUGGCCACUUAGUGCUAAUGCGUUACUGGAUUAGCGACCAUGACGUAUCAAUGGCAAAGCGAGUGGUAACAGCGUCGGAGUAUUUCAGCCUCGAGUAUUGAAUCUCUUGAAUAAGCUACCUUGCGUGUUACUUUGUUACAUUUGGUUGUCAUAAUGUCGAAGCGAGUCGUAGCAGUACCGCGGUACUCCAGCCUCGACUCGGGGGGGGACUUCCGCCGAACACGCUCCCAGGGGGCUCCGCCCGCAAUAGACUCGCGGAACUGUUCCGCGGACACGCGCACGUCGUCCGCCGAUAUGCGCAACUCCCCCGCGGAUAUGCGCGGGUCCCCCGCCUUUCCGAAAGCUCAUAGCGGAACCGGUCAGGGUCACCCCCGGGGGCAGAAUCAAGGCCAGGGCCAGGGACCAAUCAGAAUGAGCCGAUCGCGGAGCCACCAAUCAGCUUCCGACGACUGCCCGCAAUUCUCGGCUCAAGAACUGGCGGAAAUGGAGCACGAGAUCGCAAGAUCGACGACGAAAGUCGUCGCCUGGUUUCGCAGAUCGGAAUGCGACGGUGCUGACGUGUACUUCAUCCCUCCGCCUGGAGCAAUCCCAUUCGACAAUGUCGGUGGAUUGGACCCGUCACUAGUCAAGCCUGCCACGUCAGCAUUCCCAGGAUCCUGGGGCACAGGGAGCGGCGCGUCAGCCAAGGGAUUGCCGCCACGUUGGACGGAACAUGCGGCUGAGAAGAGCUCAGGAUAUGGGCGAAAUCCCAACUCCCACUCGCAGGAUUGGGGGGGUGGCAAGCCGCCCCCUCCUGUGGACUCCAAGAAAGGUACUCCCUGUAAGAAAGCGAAGGAGAAAGGCCGGGGAGAGGGCGGGCCUAGCGGGAAAGGUGGAAAGGCGGGGGGAGGCGGGCGAGGCGGGGAGGAGGCGACCCGCAAGGCGAAAGCGCUCCUAGAGACGUCUGUAGAAAGGAAAUUAGUACGGUCUAAGAGCGCUGUGGGUAAGCCCCAGCAGGCGGGGAGAGGAGGCGCGGGGGGAGGCGGGGUGGGGGGGCAGAGCCCCAGGGGGGGCGCAGCAGGGGGAGCAAUGGGGGAAGGCGGGGGAACGGGAGGGGGAGGGGGAGGCGGAGGCGGCGGGGGGAAGGGGAAGAGGCGCGGGGAGGAGGGUGAUGGGCUAGGAUUGCGGAGGUCCCACUCGGAGGAUCAGAAGGGGCUGCAUGUGGCGGAGGGGGUGUAUGCCAAGGCGAUGAAGCUGCUUCCCAAGGGGUUUAAAUUCGGGCGAGACAGCUCUGUGACUACCGCGAGCAGCGGGGAUGGUGCUAGAGGGGGGCAGGUGACGCCUAGGAAGAAGAAGCAGCAGCAGCCGCAGCAGCAGGCGCCCUUGUCGCCGCGGCAGCAGGCGCCAUUUUCGCCGCAGCAGCAGCAGAGGAAUGAGGGUUGGAGAAGAGGUAGCAGGGAUGAGGAGGAGGGGGGGGGGAGGGGAGGGGGGCGAGAGGAGGAGGAGAGGGGGAGGGGAAGAGACGAGGAGGAGAGUGAGGAUGGCGGAUGGCGGAAUGAAGAGAGAGAACGGGAGCAGGAGGAGGGGAGAGUGCAGGAGGAGGAGGAGGAGGAGGGAGGGGGGAAGGAAAACCGAGAGGUGUAUGGAGAGGAAGGGGAAGAGGGAGCAGAGGAGGAGGGAGUGGAGGAGGGAGAGGAGGAAGUGGGUUACCGGAGGAAGAACCAGGGGAAGGAGAGAAGGGAGGAAUAUGGGGAGGAGGAAGAGGAAGAGGGAGGGGAGGAGGAGAAGGAGGAGGAGGAGGAGGAGAGCGAUGGCGAGAGGGACAAUAGAGGGGAAGGGGCUUCAGCCUUCGGCAAGGGAAGCAGAGGAUUGGGCAGGGCCAGUCACGCGGCGACAGCUGGCAACGACGACCUGUACGGCGAAUUUGAUGACGAUGAUGAUGAUGAUGAGGGUGAGACGUCUCCUUUCAAAUCGCGUUAUAACGAGGAUUUUCUCAGCAGGAUGGCGGGACGAGAUGGGGAGUCUGCUGAGCGUGACUCGAGGUCGGAUGGGGGAUGGGAGGAGUAUGGGGAGGAGGAGGCGAGGGAGGGGAGGGAGGGGGGAGAGGGGGAGAGAGGGAAAGAUGAGAGGGAGGAGGAAGAGCAGGGGGGAGAAGAACAGGUGGAGGAGGAGGGGGAUGUUUUUCCUGUGGCCACGCCCCCUGCAAUUAAUUUGAGUCACGGAAAGCAAAGGCCGGACCAGCGAUUGCAGCAGCAGCAGCAGGUGGGGGAGGAGGAGGUGAGGGAGAGGGAGAGGGAUCUAUGGGAGGAAGAGGAGGACAAGAAGGAUGAGGAAAGGGAUGCGUGGCGGGAGGCUGCGUUUGAGGCGCCUCAGAUAGAAAGGGAUGUGUGGGGGGAAGACGCUCCUCAAGCGCCUUUAAAGGAGAGGGACGUUUGGGAGGAGCAGCAGGAGAAGGACGAGUGGGAGCGGCAGCAGGAGCAAGAGCAACAACAACAGCAAAGGCAGCAGCAACACGAGCAGCAGUGGCAGCGAAAGCAGCAGCAGCAGGCACAAGCGGAGAGAGAUGGCUUUUCCAGGAGGAAUGGGUUCAGGGAGAGAGGCUCUGGCGCUUAUAACGAGGACGACUGCUACGCUGCCGCUAAUGAUGAAGGUUAUAACGAGGACGACGUUUACAAUGACAACGAGACUUUUGGUAGGAACAGGGAUUACACUGUGACCAAGGGUUACAAUGAAGACGAGAUGUACAGUAACGAGGAUGUGGGAAGAGUGAGACGAGGAGAGGAGAGAAGAGGAGAAGGGGAGGGGGAAGAGGAGGAAGAGGAGGAGGAGGAUGAUGACGAUGAUGAUGAUGAUGAUGAUGAUGUUGCAAUUGCUGUUGCCACCGAUGCCAUUGCUGUUGAUGACAACGGGCACGUGCAGGGUGGGGGGAGGAGGGACCCUUACUCACAUGCCCGAGGUUUGGAGGAGCAAGGCGGAGAGGAGGAGGGGGAGAGGGGAUGGGAGGAGGAGGAAGCGGAGGAGAAAAGGCACUCUUGGCGGCAGCAGGCAGGGGGGCCGAGUGGAGUAUGCGGGGAUCAUGGUGCUGAAUUGAGUCCGGAAGGCAUUGGAGACGGAGCGAAAGGGAAGGUGAAGAAGGGGAGAGCGAAGGCUGAGAAGCCCAAGAAACCCAAGAAGCAAUCUAAGGAGGAGAAGGAGAAGAAUGUGAAAAAGGGGUUGAAGGGGGGGAAGGGGGAGAAAGGGGGGGAGAAGGUAACGAAGACAAAGAAGAAGCAGCAAGGGCAGCAGCCGCUGCAGCAGGAGCGGGGUGAAGGGGAGGUUUUUGACCGUCAGAUGGAGCAGUACAAGCGAUCGCAGUCGUUGGAUCACGGCACACAUGCCGCCCAGCUGGCAUCUGCUGGGGACCAUCCUCUGCCGCACAACCUCAGCUUCGUGUCCCCCCCACACCACCACCCCAAUCAUGUGUCGCCAUCCAAUCAUCCCUACCCGCCGCCCAACCAUGUCUCCCCACCGCAUCUUGCUCCCGUGCAACACCAUGCAUCGCUGCCUAAUCGCAUCUCGCCACCCCAGUACAUGUCCUCGGCCAAUCACACAUCUCCACCUCAUCAUGGCAUGGACCAUGGGUUAGGGCGUGGAAUGAUGGGGACCGAUGUCAGCCAUGGGUUGGGGCAAACGCACAGGCCAACGCAUGGGCCAAUGCACGGGCAAACGCACGGGCCAAGGCACGGGCAGCAUCAAGGGCACCACAUGCGGCAGAGCGUGGGUGAGGAGGAGGAGGAGGAGGAGCACGGUGGUGGUGAUAGAAGGGAGAAGGACAGGUGGCGCAACGUGAUUGGGCGGCCGUUGGAGCGGGUGGAGGAGAGAUACGAGAUGGUGGGCGAGGUGGUGGGGCGGGGGUACUUUGGGGACGUGGUGGCGUGUAGGGAGCGGCGCACGGGCGAGUACAUGGCGUGCAAAGUGAUCAAGAAAGACAACAUCAUGCGGCGCACGGGCGAGUACAUGGCGUGCAAAGUGAUCAAGAAAGACAACAUCAUGAGCGAGGACGAUGCGGAGGACAUCACGAAUGAGGUGGCGGCGCUGGAGACAGUGAGAGGGCAUCCGCACAUCGUGCAGCUUAUGGAGACCAUCGAGGACGAGGAGGCCAUCCAUCUCAUCCUGGAUCUCUGCGAGGGCGGCACACUUCAGCAAAUCGUGCGCAAGGAGGGGCCCUUGAGCGAGAGGCGCGCAGCAGCGGUGUGCAGAGGGGUGGCGCAGGCUUUGGAGUGGUGCCACGGGUGUGGGGUGAUGCACCGCGAUGUGAAGCCCGAUAACAUCCUGCUCGUGCGGAGGGAGGACGACACCUACGUUAAGCUCACGGACUUUGGAAUUGCGCUGUUCUUCGAGCCAGGCGUCUCCUGCACCGAAACAGUGGGGUCAGCAGCCUUCAUAGCGCCCGAGAUGCUGCAGCAGGCCUACGACCAGGCCGUGGACGCCUGGUCCCUGGGCUGCGUGCUCUUCUUCCUGCUCGCCGGGGUCGUCCCCUUCAGAGGCGCUACUAAGGAGGAGACGUUUGAGCGAAUCAUGGAGUGCCACGUGGACAGGGCGUUGCGGUUACCGCCCUGGCCGCGCAUCUCCCCUGGUGCCAAGGAUCUAGUGAGGCGGCUGCUGACAAAGGACCCCCGCGAGAGGAUCACCCUUCAGGAGGUUCUACGCCAUCCAUGGAUCACCGGCAACUGACCUCGCAUGCAACCUCGAGACGAACAGGCGGCGCAUGACAAAGAGCGGGUGUCAACAUAUUUAUAUAUUGUUAUAGGCUAGAUAGGUGCAUGCUUACAAAGAGUACAGCACCAUAGCACAAAACCUGCAUGUAUGCCUCAUUCUUGUUGUUGCGUUAUUCUGAGAUGGU